AUGUCCCCUACGACACGCUCCGGCACACGUCGAUUCGUCGUGGUAUCCUCGAACGACUCAAGUUUGGUACCCUUCGCAGACCGUUGGAGAGUGUCCAGAGGGAACCUGACGUGGAAGGUCACCAUCCGCUCCCGGAGGAAGGACUCGGACUUGAAUGUCGAUGACGUUGACGAGUCACUGCUCUCUCAUCCGAUGCCCACUCCGAGAAGGAAUAACACCGAGACUAGUGAAAGCGUUGUGUCUCCCCAACUCUCCGGGCCUGGCUUCAGAAUAAUCGAGGAAGACACUGAGGCGGACGCUCUCGCUAAGGAACAAUGUCUGGGGUCAGCUCGGAAUAGGCCUAAUCUGAUCAAGGAUGCUUCCUCGUGGACUUGGCUCUCUCCCUGGUUGCCAUCUUAUAGUCAGACACCUGCGGCUGACUCUUAUACACCGAUGCCUGCGCGCAGGAACAUAGUGGAAAAGAGGAGCAGCCCCUUCCAGACACCAGUAGCAUCGCGUGUGUCGACAUCGACUGCUCCGCUCCCGGCGAUGGCGCGCAUCGAUUCCUCCAUUCUGCCGUCCAGCCCGCCGCGCAUCAUGUCACCGCCGUUAGAAUCAAAGCUGUUUUUCGGCUCCGUUCACCCGGAUUUCGGGUCCACUCCAAGUCUCGAUCUGCGUUUGCCCUCGCGUGAGGCUCAGACGCGUGUUCAGCUUGCUGCGCCUGCGAUUAAGCAGACUAACAAGCUCCACACGAAGCGUGAGCCGCCCCCGCUACCUUUCCCUUCGUCCUCGGAGGCGUCUCCCUAUCGGAACCGGUUAAAAAAGUCAAUUAGAGUAUCACCCGCCGUCACGACUUCUCCCAAAUCGCAUAGCAAUAUGCCACCUUCACGCGCAGCAUCACCAUCUCCCAGUGGAAUAUCCUUAUCUGGUCGCCAAACGCCUGCAGAGCGGUACAACGCGCGGCACUCUGCCCUCGAUAAAGUGGAGGCGAUUGUGUCUCAGAGCUGGAGUCAAAGAGACAUGAGCAUCGACGUGUUCAUCGCAAGCCCGACUCUGUUCGGGGCUCUUCCUGCGGAUCAUACGCGUAACGACAAGCUCGGCCCCGAUUCUAGUUUUGGAGGAGGGAUUGAACAGCGGCUAGGAAUAUCGAAAUAAUCUCACUCACAUUAAUCUCAUAUCUAUCUUGUAUCUAUCCAUUGGAGUUCCGCCACUAUAUGCUCACACCCACCUGACCUGGU